AUGGAAGUUGAUGCCCUGAUUGUAGGCGGGGGGCCCGUCGGGCUGUCCCUUGCCAUUGCCUUCAAACAGCACGGACUUCGUGCUGUCGUUCUCGAGAAGGAGACUACGGAAGUGCAGGAUUGGUCGAAGGCGUAUACCUAUCGUCUGGAUGUUCGGGGACUCGCCUGUAUGGAGCGCAUAGGCCUUCUUUCAGACUUCGCUUCGAAAGGUGUCAAGCAAGUAGGGUUCCACGUUAAGGUAUGGAAACCAGAUGGAAGUUGUAUGGAGAAAAGCGCAGCAGGCAUGGGAUCUUUGGGCUAUACGAUGCAACGGCCCACUAUGAUAAAGAUACUCGAAAGUUGUCUGUCACCUGGAGAUGUGGUACGAGGAGCUCUGACAGAUAUUAAUUUUGAUGGUAAGGCUAUUGUGCAGGUCAUACUGAAGGAUGGCACCGAAAGCCAUAUUACAGCAUCUAUGGUUUUUGGGUGCGAUGGGAGACACAGUCGCGUGCGCGAGAUUCUUCAGAAGAUUGACAGCGAGUUUACCAUGUCCAGUGUUGGGACUCCGUCCACAGGAUUUGUGUACAAAGCUAUGCUCUACCGGCCACCCCAGAAUGUUGACCCGAAGUGCAUAUACCGCAUCGUGUCCAUGUCUGGCUUUACCCUGCUCAUGUUUCCCCAUGACGGACCGCCUGGUGAGCCGCGCCCUUUGCAGAUGGCGCAGGCACCAUCCCAUCGGUUGCAUAGCUUCCAGGCGCCCUCAGACCUCAUUGAUUUCUUGCGUGCAGAGUUUCCUCAGUUGGAAGUGGACAAGCAUUUGGACAUUGCCAGCGCAGAGGCGUGGUGCAAUACCAGAGGCACAGCCUUUCCCAGAGCGCAGUGGUGCAAGAGGGCGUCCGCAGAAGUCAGCGGUGUACCGGUUGCUCUUUUGGGAGAUGCCUUGCACUGUUUUCCACCAGACCUUGGUCAAGGCAUUAAUGCAGGCCUUGUGGAUGUAUGUUGUCUCUUGGACUUGUUUCCCAGCGACGUGAGUAACAAAGACGCUAUGCGUGCAGCAUUCAAGGCCUAUGAAGCUUGCGCUGUCAAGGAGGCGGAGGCAAUUUGCCGCUUGAUCCCGGUUGGGUUCCCUUACCAGUACCAGCAGCCGUUCUCGCUAAGCAAGUUUUUGUUCAUGUCCAGUUUUUUGAUCAGGAUGGUUGCAAGCAAGUUGCUACCGACACUGUUCUUUGAUCCUGUGGUGGUGAACAUACAAGCGGAUCCACCGCUACUGUACAGCGAGAUCUUGAGACGUCACCAGCAGGUCUCUGGCAGGCUCUUGCUGUGUUCUGGCGUCUUCAUGGCGGUGUGCGCCGCCUCAUGGAAGCGAUUCAGAAUAUGA